CCUCAACUCCCAUCAACAACCGCUAGUAUUCGCAUCACCGCAACUCUUGUCUACGCGGCGCUCACCCACUCGCCAGACUCGCCUAGUCUCUCAAAAUGGCCACAGAACUUUGUCCCGUCUAUGCGCCCUUCUUUGGUGCCCUGGGUUGCACCUCAGCCAUCGUGUUCACCUGCUUCGGUGCCGCCUAUGGAACCGCUAAAGCUGGUGUCGGUGUUUGUGGCAUGGCUGUCCUCAGACCCGACCUGAUCGUUAAGAACAUUGUUCCCAUCGUCAUGGCGGGUAUCAUUGGUAUCUACGGACUGGUCGUGUCGGUCCUGAUCGCAAAUGACUUGCAACAGCUUGUCCCUCUAUACACUGGUUUCAUUCAGCUCGGAGCAGGUCUCGCUGUCGGUUUGGCUGGUUUGGCAGCUGGUUUUGCCAUCGGUAUCGUCGGUGACGCUGGUGUCCGCGGAACAGCUCAGCAACCCAGACUCUAUGUCGGCAUGAUUCUUAUCCUCAUUUUCGCAGAAGUUUUGGGUCUCUAUGGUCUCAUCGUUGCCCUUCUGAUGAACUCUCGCGCCAAGAUCGAUGCCAAGUGCUAAGUUACGUAUCCGAACAAUCAUCGUGCGAAAUCGUUUAGCAUAUCCUCUUUGCGCACGGAGUAUAUUGGAUUGGUGAACGUGACAUCUUACUCUUUUGAACGAUAACAUACAUAUAUUGUCACGAGAGCUAAGAUGGGGAUGGAAGCUUUCGCUUGUUGUUCAACUGGUCAGGAACUAUAGUUCCUACAUGCAACCCGAGGCUGUAUAGUAGGAUGGAUGGGAAGUUGUGGUAGAUACACUGCAUGGCUGAGGCCUGCGCUGUACCUGUACUUUAUUGGAGUCGUUGUGGCCUUGGAUUGGAUCAUUUACAUUGCAAUGCUGACAUGCUGUUUAUGCAGUUAUUUGCUGUUUGAGUUAAAGCU